CUCCUAGGUUUGCCCCAUCCCAUCCCAGCCUCCUCAGCCAGUUGUUCCAAAGCCAGCUCAAUCUGUCAUACAUGUCCCAUUGCAACCAAGCUGUCCAGGCAGAGGCAAGAUGGCAAAACUCAUCAAUCCAGAAGAGAUGACAUCCAGGGAUUAUUACUUUGAUUCCUAUGCUCACUUUGGAAUUCAUGAGGAAAUGUUAAAGGAUGAAGUGCGCACGUUAACAUAUAGAAACUCAAUGUAUCACAACAAACAUGUUUUUAAAGACAAGAUUGUCCUUGACGUUGGAAGUGGCACGGGAAUCCUCUCCAUGUUUGCUGCAAAGGCUGGAGCCAAGAAGGUUUAUGGGAUUGAAUGCUCAAGUAUAUCUGACUACUCGGAGAAAAUUAUCAAGGCCAAUCACUUGGACAACAUAAUUACAAUAUUUAAAGGUAAAGUCGAAGAAGUUGAAUUACCUGUGGAUAAAGUAGACAUCAUCAUCAGCGAGUGGAUGGGUUAUUGUCUGUUCUAUGAGUCAAUGUUAAACACAGUCAUCUUCGCACGAGACAAGUGGCUGAAACCUGGAGGGCUAAUGUUUCCAGACCGAGCUGCUUUGUACGUGGUAGCAAUCGAAGACAGACAGUACAAGGACUUCAAAAUUCACUGGUGGGAGAAUGUGUACGGCUUUGACAUGACCUGUAUUAGGGAUGUUGCCAUGAAGGAGCCUUUGGUGGACAUAGUAGAUCCAAAGCAAGUGGUGACCAAUGCCUGUUUAAUAAAGGAAGUAGAUAUUUAUACAGUGAAGACUGAAGAAUUGGCAUUUACUUCUGCAUUCUGCCUCCAGAUCCAGCGUAAUGAUUACAUUCAUGCCUUGGUCACCUAUUUUAAUAUCGAAUUUACAAAGUGCCACAAGAAGAUGGGAUUUUCUACAGCACCUGAUGCUCCCUAUACUCACUGGAAGCAAACUGUCUUCUACUUAGAGGACUAUUUAACUGUGAGACGAGGAGAAGAAAUCUAUGGGACUAUAUCCAUGAAACCAAAUGCAAAAAAUGUGCGUGACCUGGACUUCACAGUAGACCUGGAUUUUAAAGGACAGCUAUGUGAAAUGUCAGUGUCUAAUGACUACAAAAUGCGCUAGCGAGAAACCUGUCAGAGACACAAAGGAGAAUUUUAUCAAGUCCCGAAUUGCUGAACUUCAAGCUGGGAACAACUGCUCACAAGAUUGUUACCUUAAAUCCUAGAAUGUUUACUCUGAUGGAAAGUGGCAAUCUGACCCUGCCUGCAGGUCGUACAGGGGGCUGGGAUCCCACUGUGAAUGUACAGUCUAUAGAACUGUAGCUUUUGUCAAACAUAUAGGAAAAAUAAGCAACAAGUCUUGAGUUUUCUGGUUA